CUUACUAAAAAUUAUAGUCAUUAUUUAUAAUUAAAUAAUAAUUUAUAUUAUCUAUUAAGUUACCCAUUAAAUUGUGUUUUAUUAAGGUCUACCCUUAAAAUAAACCCUCACGGUAAUGCCAAGUGUCCGCAGCUGUAUCCCUUCUAGACUUCACCGCGGUCAGUGGAAAGAGUGAGUCCGCCUCACAGCAGCUCUUUUUCAGCAGAUGGGAGGGACUCAAAUGCCUCCUUUUCUCUCAGUUUCCACCGUAUAACUCCCGCUUUCCACUAAACUUCACACUGAGUAACAAUAAACAGAGAAAACACCGCUAAAACACAGCUUUGAGUGCGGGUCUGCAGCUGGAUAUUAAUGCCAGACACAGCGAUGUAGUCAAACAGGACGAGAAAGUCAUGGGUUCAGAGGCGGUCGAGGACUGUGUGCAGGGGGCGCUCUCGUCUCUGUAUCCUCCGUUUGAAAGCACCGCUCCUCCUCUCCUCUCUCAGGUGUUCUCCGUACUCGAGUCCACCUACCAGCAUGACAGCUUGAGAUAUCUGCUGGAUUUCUUCAUUCCUGCCAAGCACCUUCUGCAUAGAUUACAGCAGCAUGCAUGUUCUCAGUAUCUAGGCUGUCUCUUCUUGCACUCUGGUUGGCCACUAUGUUUGGGGGAGAAGGUAGUAGUACAGCUCUCCACCUUGGACUGGAGACUCCUGCGUAGUACUGACUUCUACCUUCAGGUGGUCCCCUUCUCGACCCGCUGUCCUCGACUUGCUCUUAAGUGCCUUGCACCUGGUGGACGAAAUGUACAGGAGGUCUUAGUACCAGAAUCACAGCAUCCAUUGGUGUUCACCUCGGAGUGGCUGCACUGCAUCAACAAAGAGCGUGGCUGCAAGAGAGAAGGUGGAGGAUGUUUGGACACCUGUCUUGUGAGUACAAGUGACGGAGUUGUCCGAAUUCCAUGGGAAGAGGUGGUCUAUCCCAAACUCCUGCACAAUCCAUCUGAUCUUCUUCAAGACAAGCCUGACCCAACUGACCUGUCCUCAGGGGGUCUGGGCCUUGGUUGGGGUGGCUCUUCAGCACAACGUGAUUCCUGGUCCUGGGAUGAAGAGGAUGACUUGCCUCCAGAUGGGAACGAGGCAGAUAUUGAGGCCGCUUUAGAAUGCCUGCGCAGAAGCAGUGACGGCCACCUCGUAGCUGAUGGUGCUGGAGAUUAUGUAGAGCUGCUAGAGCCCAGAGGAGGUCCAGAUGGUGGUGCUGAUCCCAAACAGCGCUACUUGGAAAUGCAUGGGAUAUGUAAGACUAAAACUUUACCUCUGUGUAGAAGGGGUAAAGCAAUACGACUACGAAAGGGGAAGGGGAGAGGGUAUGGAAGGACUGAAUCUGGUGCUAGGGGCGGAAGUCUGGUACGAAGGGAUAGCAACAACAAUGGUAAGGAUGGUGUAGUUUCCUGUAGUGACUUGGCUACCUCACGACCUUUGCCUCGUGUCAUUGAUUUGGGUCGCCAAAGGAGGUCGUAUUCCCCUUCAAUCUUACAUGCUGAUGAAGGUGCUAGAGACCCAGUGGGUUUGGAAUGUAGAUCUGAUUGUAUGGACAAUCCGGCCAAAGAGAGAAAGCCAGGGGUAGGAAAAGAAAGAGAUGGGACUGGGGGUACAUUGCACUGGGAGGAGUGUCAAAGAAAGAAAAUUUCCAGCAGGCGAUGUUCAACAGAUGCUAGUGAUGCAAACAGUCUUGGAGAUGGACAACAGGACCGCAGUCAAAGUUCACACUGUGGUUGUGAUGAUAAAAUAUUGGCCAGCACUUUAGACAUUAAAGAGGACAUUGCAACAUCUGAAAAUCAGUCCAAUGCUUUAGAUGAUGGAGCUAUCCCAUUGUCUGCUGAUGGGAAAACAGAAGACACUAACAAGGAAUUGGCUGAACCGUCUAGGACGAGGACAAGGUCCCUCCAAGAUUCUUCCCCAAGCAAUGCACUUGGUUCAUCAGACUGUGCAAAAAGGAGAAACAAACAUUCAGACACUACCGGUGAGGAGAAAAUGGAUAUAAAUCUGCCACCGUCAGGUACUGUGGGCGCCAUAGGAGAAAAGCAGGUUGGAAAGUCCGAGAACUCAGUUUGUCCCAGAGGAAAAGAAGUAAAAACAGGUGGAUUCAGAGCUCCCAGAAGGAAAAGGAAAGCCAAAGGAGGUAAAGGGAAGGCCAAAUCCAAUGGUCGUGUCCAGCAAAAAGGCAAAGGUGACCAAAUCAUCUCAAAGAACCAAACCAAAGCCACCCAACCAAUCAGCCAUUCUAGCCAAUCAGAGGAGGCUCCUCAGCUAUCCACAAACUCUACAGGCUGUGAAGCAUCCUCUGAUGAUAAGACAGAUGCAAAGUCAAAAGCCAAAGAUGGAGAAAGCCAAUCAUGCACAUCCUCCCCUGACCAUUCCCAAAACGAGGUGGGAUUAUCUCAGUUUGCCGCUCACGUGGAGUCCACAUCCCCCCCUACUCAUCUUAAAGACUUAGAUUUAAAUCUUCUUCAGUCGGGAAAGCUAAUCUUAACAGGUACUAUGGACCGACUGGGGCGAGCGUUGGUAGUCACCGAAAGUCACCUUCCGGAGGAUGGCUGGACCACAAAUGAAAUGAUCAAAGUGUUGUCCUGCUAUUACACCAUCACCAGACCUAUGGUCAAAGAGAAAGGUCUGACUGUGAUAGUGGACAGCAGGAAAUCUGCCCCGUCUGAACUCUGCCUUUCUGCACUGAAGCUCUUCAAGGAACAGGCAGCAACAGGGCUCGACUCAGUUCUUAUCCUAACUGAGGAAUCAGACGAAUCGACCCAACCGUAUCUGGAGGGAAUAGAGAUGCAUACAGUGCGAGGUACAGGUAUCCUUCAGCAGUUUGUGGACAAGCAGCAUUUGCCCAGGGAAAUGGGUGGAGAUUUUAACCACUCACACGAUGACUGGCUCACUUUCAGACUGAGUCUGGAGCAGCUGACCGAGCGCUGUGAGAGCGCCCUCACCCUGCUGGGAGAUGCACUACAGUCUAUGGAAACAGAACCACUACCAGACUGUAUUAAGACUGUUCCCCUGAGCGUGGACAAGCACAGGCAGUUAAUGACAGGCAUCCUCACUGACCAACGGCUGACUGAGCUGCAGCAGAGGGGCGGGGCUUGGCUGGCUGGUCUGGCCAAUGGGACGUCAGGAUUGGCGCAGAAGUCACCAGACUGCAAGGCUGCCUUUGCGGUGACCUCUGACCUUUAUGACAGUGUGGACGAUGCUCUUCACAGACUGGUGCGUUCGUCCAAUCAGAGGAGUCGAGACCUGGAAGCACUCGGGAGAUUGGCUGCACUCGUGGAUAAACUGGACAAGUGUGAGCGAGACGUGGAGCAGAUCCAGGAUCAGCUGAAGGAUUAUAAAGAUCCUCCUCUGUCUCUCAGCAGACUGACUCUCAAACAGCACAAGUUCAGGAGCUUCAGAGAGUCGGCUAUGGAUCUCCACAGUGAGACGCUGGUGCUGCUGGCGGAGGUGGAGAGCUGGUCUGAGCUGGACUGGUCUGGCCUCGCUGCUGUGCUGGAAAAACUGCCUCCUGUUCGGGAGAAAGUCCGAGACAUGUCCCACUGUCUGUCGGACCGCUGGACGCAACUGGACAACACUCAGCGGCUGCUGUCCACCCUCACUGAAGCGUCUCAAUGGUGUGACGUGGUGUCGUCCUCCUCUCCGUCAUCCUCCUCUACCUCUCCUCUUUCCUCUCUGCCUCCCAUCCCUCCGUCACGCUUCCAGGACGCUCGAGCUCUGGCUCUGGAUCUGGGCGGAGGGGCUUUGCUGGAUCUCUGGUCUCAGACUCUGGAGCGCUACCAGAAAACCCUGGCCGAGUUCAAGAGCCGGAUCCUCCAGGCGGAGAGAGGAUCCUCGGUGGCCCAAGGUCAGGAACCGGACCUCGGGGGUCGAGGGAGGACUCCUGCUCCCAGCAGCACCUCCAGCCUGGGGGAUCUAGAAGGCGAGAUUGAGCCCGACUGGUGCCCUGGAGGAGAGGGGGGCAUGCAGUCCUGGGGUUCACUGGCGUCCCUCUUCAGACCACAAAACUGCUCAACGCUCAAGAUCGGAGAGGAGAAGAAAAAAGAGGGGGUGAAUCCAGGAGGAGGGAAGUUUCUGCAGAAUCUGUUGCACCCGGCCAAGAAAAAUCCCACAGAUGCACCGCUCCCUCCCAAACCCCCUCGAAAGCGGCAUCCCAGCUUUGACCUCCAGGCUCUGUUAGCCCCUCGACGUGCAGGAGCCACAUCUAAACCCACCGAGUCCACGUCCGGCCAAUCGUCCCCGCUGUCCUGGCUGGGUCGUAAAGCUAUGACCGAUCCGAUCCUCACUGCGGGGGUGGCUGCGGCGGUUCCAGGAUGGAGGGAUCCGGCUGCAGGUGGAGAAGCAGGAGGUGGAGGAGUGCUGAUCAGAGGGGUGGAGGUCAGCAGUAAAGAGGUGGCCGAUCAUACAGGCUUCACACGCCAACACGUACUGCUGAGCCGCACUGAGAGAGGGACCGGACUGGAGAGAGCUGGAGUCACUGCACAGAGUAAGCUGUAUCUGCAGUGGUGUCGGCUGGUCAGCACAGAGAGGCAGUACGUGGCUGUUCUUAAAGGUGUGGAGGAAAACUACCUGCCCCUGCUGGAGUCUCCUGACGUCCCGUCCGCUCUGAGAGGAAAAGCAGAGUCGCUAUUCUGUAACUGGAAAAGCCUUUCUGCUUUCCACUCGCAGUUACUCCUGCCGGCCAUGGAGGGCGCUCUCUCGCAGACACUGCAGCAGACCGACUGCUUCACCAAAUAUAAGGAUCAGUUUCUUCUGUAUUCCCAAUAUAUCCGCAUGAGGCCGGAGACGGACGCUCUGAUCAUCAGUCAGGCUGCUGAUUUCUUCAAGAUGAAGCUGUGUUCGUCUCUGGUUCCUGCUCCUCCAUUCCCGCAGUGUCUUUCGGCUCCUCUUCAGCGACUCCAGCAGUACACACAGGCUCUGGAGGAACUGGCCGGACUUAACCCCGGCUCUGACUCCGCCCUCUCCAUCAUCAAACACGCCCAUCGGCACGGAGAAGACCUGAGGGCCAGUGAGCUCAUCAGCGGCUGUCCGAUCCCAGUGGCCGAGCGUGGAGAUCUGGUGCGUCAGGGUGAGCUGUGUGUGUGUGGUGGAGGACGACGCAAGAAAACGGGCGUCAGGAAUGUUUUCCUGUAUCAGAACUUCAUGAUCUUCACCAAACACAAGACACCAAACCCGGGAAACAGUGUGUAUAGCUUCAAACACAGCAUUAAGACAGGUGAAAUGGGUCUCACUCAGAGUGUCGGUGAGGACGGCCUGAGAUUCGAGGUUUGGGUUCGACAGGCGUCUCGAACCCGGGACUGUCUGACCCUGCAGACUGCCAGCCAUCAGGACAGAGAGAGCUGGACACACGACAUCGCCCAGCUGCUGUGGACACACGCCAUGCACAACACCGAGUUGUGUCUGAAGGAGUCUCUCUGCAUGGGGAUUUCCAGUAAGCUGUUACUGGAUGUGACUGGAGCUCAGUCUGCAGAACUGGACUCCAGCUCCAGCCUGAAUGACAGAGUUCAGAGCAGUUGUUCAGAUUCCUCUUCUGUGGGCAGCAUGAAGGAGGAUUCCCCCGCAUCACAGACCAGGAGGAGCGCAGAGCACACGGGACACACACAGAGCUCUUCUCCCUCCACCUCAGUGUGAAUCUCUUCAGCUCUUUUCCUCAGACACAACUGGUGCUGCUUCUUUCACCAACACACACACACGUUUUUCAAUGACUGGACAACUGGACACAUACUGGAGCAGGAGACGCUGGUGUGUGCGUGUGUGCGUGUGUGUGUUCAGUAUUUCAGGAGGCUGAGGUCACAUCUACAGUCUCCGUUUCUCAUGUUUAUAGACCUUCAGGUAGCGAAUCAAAAGCUGAUUCAGCAUCUCAGGCUCAGCAAACACACAACAACAGAUCACACACACACACGAGUCAACAUGAAGUACAGAGGAGUGCUUUAACACACAAUCAUGAACACCGAAGAGAAGCAUCUUCAUAAUCCUGUAGACAAUGUCAGAAUAUCCAAAACCAUUUACAAUAAUAAUCCAAGAGCUGUUCAUUAAUUCUUAUAGGUUUUAUUCAGCAUAUCUGCUGUGUUGGGGAAAAGUUAUGUUACUUCUUUGAGAGUUAUUUACUUUAAAAAGUAACUAUACACUCACCGGCCACUUUAUUAGGUACACCUUACUAGUACUAGGUUGGA